AUGCCCCUCGAGGUCUUAUUUUUCGGCGCCGGCGCCAUUGGGGCGUUCUAUGCGUCCCGGGUAGCUCGCAACGCGAAUACCAAUGUCUCUGUGGUGUGUCGCUCAAACUACUCGGCCGUCAAGGCCAACGGCUUCCAAAUAACCUCCUCGCAAUACGGGGACUAUACGUGGACGCCGACGCGAACGUUUGAUUCUCCCGAGUCCGCCCGCAAAAGCGGCGUCACCUGGGACUUUGUCGUGGUCAGCACCAAGGCCCUGCCCAACGUGUCGGACGAUUCGAAACUGCUCGAGGGCCUGGUCAGUGACAGGACGGCUAUCGUGUUGAUCCAGAACGGCCUGGGCGUGGAGCAGCCGUACAGCGAACGAUUCCCGCGAUCCACCGUCCUGAGUGCCGUGACGGUUGCGUCCUGUGCACAGCCCUCCAACGGGCACAUCAAACACAACCGCUGGACACGGAUCAACGUGGGGCCGUUCUUCCCAGACACCAAUCCUGCCCCAGCUAAAGACAAGGCGAGGGCGACGGCCCAGAACCAGACAUUCGUCGACCUGCUCCUUUCCAAGGACGGAGGGAUCAAGGACGCCAUCGCCGACACGCACGAGAAACUGCAGCUCGUGCGCUGGCACAAGAUCGCCAUCAACGCAUCCAUGAACCCCUCGGCCGUACUCUCAGGCGGAUCGACCAACGAAGCCAUGUCCAACGACCCCGAAAUCUCGAGACACUUAAAAGGGGUGAUGGACGAAGUGCUAACGACCGCCCCCAAGGUCGUCGGCACUCCCUUCCCCGCUGGGUUCGCGACACCGGAGCAGAUCCUGCGGUCGACAAGGAGGAACACGUCCGGCAGCAAGCCUAGCAUGCUGCUGGAUUGGGAGGCCGGCAAGCCAAUGGAGCUCGAGGUCAUAUUGGGCAACCCGAUCCGCCUCGCCAGGGAGAAAGGGUACGAGAUGCCCAGGAUGCAGAGCCUGUAUGCGCUGUUGAAGAUGGCCGAGAAAAAUCGUGAGGAUCGGAAACAGCGAGAUGUAAACGGAGCGAGCAAGCUAUGA